AUGCUUACCUCCACACCAAGAUCAACGCGCACGUCCAUGCCCAACUUGCCAGAGCCGAGUCAGAACUUAGGCCUAUUCGGCAAAGAUUUCUGCUGCAGUCGCUGUCCGAAAAGGUUCAGUCGUAGCGAGAAUCUCAGGAGACAUUUGGCGACCCACGAUUCUGUGGGGAAAUAUCGUUGCGUUGUUUGCGACAAACACUUCACUCGAAGCGAUCUGUUGAAACGGCACAGGAAGAACCACGACAGGAGCCCUCGUGCCCGAUCCUCAAAUCCAAGAUCACAAGUCCUACCUGAUACUUUCGAUUCGCCAAGAUUUGUGGACCCCGACUUCCGGGUCCCAAAUGUGAUCCAUGAUGGAACCCAUAACGGCAGCCAGCAACAGGAACCUAUUGACAUGCCCUUCGAUAGUUUCAUGACCAGUGAAGAUAUUUCCGGCCUCAAUCUAGGAGCUUUUGAUGGAGAUAUCGCAUGGACUUUGGACUUUGCCUAUUCGCACCCAUUCAUGGACUCAUUCGCCGCGGACUGUCUCACUCCUUCCAGUACCGACAAUGUCGAAGCUGGAGACUUCGAAUCCUCAAAUGUUGCAGCUGAUGAAGCCGGCGAGUGGCCAGAUCGAAUGAGUCGACCGUCAAGUCCCAGGAGACGGAAAUCCGAGAAGGCACAUCAUGCUCCCAGGAAUUGGCAUGCCACGAUUGCAGAAGCUCAACUAGAGAUGCCGAGACGUCGGAUAAGUGACGUUGCACUGAGUAGUAUUGAACCGGAGACGAGGAAUGGAGUGCUGGAGUUCUUGAGUUUACCAACAUCGCCGUAUUCCGACGAUAGAGACUUGGAGACAUUCCCUCCAUCGGAAGUUCUUGAAUAUUUCCUCCUCUUGUACUUCAGGCAUAUUCAUGAACGCUUUCCGGUCAUCCAUCUACCAACAUUACAACUCUCCAAGAUCUCUCCGUUUCUGCUAAUAGCAUUACUUCUCGCUGGAUCUAGCCACUCAAAGGCCAACGAUGGCUGCUUUACAAGAGUCUUCUACGACCAUGUCCGGGUCGCUGUGCUGCGUAAAAUUGAGGCUGAUAGCCGAUUCCUGCGCUCUGUGGACAAUAUAUUCGCGCUUCUGCUAGUAUGUCUCGCUGGCACAUGGAGCGGCGGAAGAGAAGCCUAUGAAUUUGCCGAAGGGUUUCGUGGGAUUCUAGUUACCACAAGUCGACGAUGUCGUCUCCUCGAUGGUCGGCCCAUCACGCUGGAAAACGAAACUCGAGAAGGACACAGUGUUCUUGACCAGAUCUGGCAUUCAUGGAUCGAAGCUGAGAGGCGGAAGAGGCUUGGCAUGGCAAUAUAUCUCUACGACUGCCAAUAUCCGGGCUUAUUCAACAAUCAGCCUUACAUUAGUAAAGCCGAGACAGCGAACAGCAUCUUUCCUUGCUCGUGCGUGUACUGGGAAGCCAAGACAAGUGUUUCCUGGAAGAUGUUGAUUGGCCCGGCGAACAUGCCUCCCUCAACAUUCUACAUCCACGCACUAAACACCUGUCUCCUUCCGCCAGGCGUCGUGUCCGUCCACGACCUCGAUGAAUUUGGUAAAGUGGUCCUUCUCUAUGCUAUACAUACCCACAUCUUCGAGUGGCGACAAGCAAUUUCCAUGCUCGUGCCGAAUGGACCUGCCAACGCCACUAUAGUCCAAGUGUUGAGCCAGCCGCUGCAAUACUCUACCAUCUCGGCUUCGUGUCCCUAGAAGUUAGUCUAUCAGAUCUGCAUCUCGCUGCUGGCAGGACAGGAAACCGCUCAGAGGGAGCCGUGGCGGAACAGUCUCUUCGUCUAUGGGCGAACGGUGAGAGUGCGGACUCUACGAUGUCCCAUGUACAUCAAGGCUUCGAAGUUACUCUGACAGCUUUGCAGUCUGGUGCGAUGCAUAGCUCGUUUGAAAUUAUUAUGAGCUUGUUUACGGGUGGACUUGUGUGCUGGGCGUACUCUAAGUUUCAUCGAGCUGGACCUCAUGAAGAGUGUGUUGAACAUGUGAGAAAAGCGGCGAAGACACUGAGAGAGCUUGCUUCGUGGCGAGUAUCGUCGCUCUUUGGGGUUAUUCUUGAUGAUUUCGAGAGUGUAUGAAACGUGUGAAGCAAUUCCAGCUUCUCGGUUAGACAGUAGAAGAAUAGGGGCAUCACGUGCAUGUAUGAGCUCGAAGCGAAUCGGUUAGCUACCUUAUUUCCGCCUGUACGAAUGGAUCCAGCCUCCAAAAUGUAUCGACAGUGGUUAGUCUGUCCUAUAUCAUACCAAUACCUCGU